AUGCUCGCAGACAACGUCAAGAUGGUCAGCCUCUCGACUGCCAGCCACUGCACACUCAGGCAGAGGCCCCAGCAGCAUUUGAACGCAGAGAACGACAACGGCAGCAAGAGCGCGAGUGAGCUCAAAGCAGAGAGGCACGGCACGAAGACCCGCCUGCUGCUCGCUGACUACCGAACUCUCAGAGCUGCAGUGAAGCUGGCGGUCACACGAGGGAAGACAGCCCAGCUGGCAGCGAGUGAGCACCAGGGACCUCCACACUCAAACAGAUGCAAGCCACACGGAGGAGCCUUGCUCAAAAGGCGCGCAGAGCGAGAGAGCGAGCUGCCCAGGGUCAGCUUCAAGAUUCCAACCUGCCCACCCACAUCGAAUGCUGGGGCACCUCCUCCAUCAAAUCGAACCCUUGCACAGCGUGCGCGUCGAGAGCGCGAAAGAGCUGCACGAGAGGGCAUUCACCAAGACCAGCAAGUGCAGGAGCCAAAGGCACCUCAGCCAUCAAACCGAACUCUUGCACAACGUGCGCGGCGGGAGUGGGAACGAGCUGCUCAACACGGAAACGAACAAGGUAUGCCAACUGUUACCUUUCUCUUCGAUAUUGUGCUCUUCCAUUUCAUUGAGCUGCAAUUUACGCAUGUUUGA